UUAAUUAUUUGUUUUGAACGAAUAAAUUUCGAUUGACGACAAAACUGUGCUUAAAAACAAUUUUCGAUCCAGAAAACCUUAUCAGUCAAUUUUAAUAUUAUAAAGAAGAAGCAAUAACAGAAUGAAUGGAAAGAGUUUUGUAAUUUUCGUAUUGGCUACAGUGACGGUCUGUGGAAAUCCAGAUGAUCCCGUGUGUUUGACAACAAUUAGUAGAAGAAUCCCAUUGAUACCAGAUCUACAGAUCGCCCCAGCUACCGAAGAUCUCGGCAAAUGGAUGAAAAAAUGCUGUAAUCGAACGAAAUAUGAUCCCGUUUUGGAAAGUAAAUCAUUUGCUCUCCUUACAAAUAGUAAACUGGAUCGUAUCGUCGUGACAAUUAAAGACUUACUCACUGGCAUUAUGAAUAGAGCUCGAUAUACAGACUUGGAAUUCGACACAAAUUUCAACAAAGUCGCCCAUUCAUUGCAUGGGCUAUUACUGGAGUCACCAAAAUUAAAGGAUCCCAUUGAAAAAAUCUGCUAUGAUGUGCAUGCAAAUAUGUGUCGAAUUAAACCAACGCUUCACAAUGCAGGCAUGAUAAAAGUCUUGAAAUAUGCUGGAUUUGAAGGGUAUAGCAAUUAUUUGGCGGAAAAAGACUAUGGAAAUCAUCAAAUUGAACAUUCACGAUCGAAUUUGAUUCGGAUGCCGUUGGUGAAAGCUGCCAAAAUUGAUGUUAACGAUGCCAUCAGGUCAAUUAACCGAAUCGAUUGGCUGUACAAUUGUACAAUGCCCGGUGCCGAGGAUGAUAUAGCGCCAAUCGACCUUACAAAUUCAAUACCAAAUGAUGAAGUCGGUGAUGACCUCCGUUACGUUGCUGAUGAAAUCAAUAAAAUCGCUCAAGACUUUGAAGCGUCUGCUAAAAACGGCAACUAUCAAAAUUUCGACAGUGACAAGAGUAGAUUUGAUACCAUUGCAUCUGUGUUGGCCGGCAUUUAUAAUAACAAUUAUGAACAUGCUCGAAAGAUGUUUCAUGUCGACUGUGUGUGCCAUGACAUGUACAACAUUUUGACCUUUAUGAAAGCCUGCGAACCACGAAAGCCAGUGGCUAAAAAACGUCUAUUUGGAUUGUUAUCAUCGAAUAAGGUUGAACCAGAGAACAACAAAAGGAGAAGAAGAUGAGUAAAAAUCAACAGGCACUUCUUUUUAUAUACACAAGGUGGUGUUUAAUUCAUUACUUCAAUGGUUUUUCCAUGUUUUUAUAUAUUUUUUCCAAAUUAAAUUAAAUUAUUGAUUUAAUGUAUUUCCCUUUUU